AUUUUCAGGAAGUGUCAUGCUAUGUUAGUGUUGAGGUUUCUCUGCACGAUACUCUGCACUUAAUUUCACUUCUAUCCUGCCGUGACUGUUAUUACAGAGUGACCAUGCCAUCUGAGAAGAGUCUCGCUAAAGGCAGUGCCGCACCCGGUCCAGUGCCAGCAGACACCAUCAGAAUCUACAGCAUGAGGUUCUGCCCUUUUGCACAGAGGGCAAGAUUGGUGCUGAAUGCUAAAGGAAUCAAGCAUGAAAUUGUGAACAUCAACCUGAGAGACAAGCCUGACUGGUUCCUGGAGAAGAAUCCUCUGGGUCUUGUUCCAACCCUGGAGACGUCUGCUGGUGAGGUGAUCUAUGAGUCCCCCAUCACCUGUGACUACCUGGAUGAAGUGUAUCCCGGGAAGAAGUUGCUUCCUCCAACUCCUUUAGAGAAAGCGCAGCAGAAGAUGCUGCUGGAGCAAUUUUCUAAGAUACCACCUUACUUCUACAAGAUUCCAACGGGGAGAAAGAAUGGUGAAGAUGUCUCAGGGCUGCAAGCGGAACUCAUAGAGAACUUGUUGAAACUGGAUGGGGUCCUCACAAAGAAGAAGACGAAGUUCUUUGGUGGCGACUCCCUAACAAUGAUCGACUACAUGAUGUGGCCAUGGUUUGAGAGGCUGGAGGUCUUCGACGUCACUCAAUGUUUGGACAACGCACCUGAGCUGAAGAAGUGGAUCGAGCGCAUGUUGGAGGAUCAAACUGUCAAAGCCUCUGGACACAGUGUGGACACCUACAAGGCUUUCUACAAGAGCUACAAUGAUGGCACACCCAACUUCGACUACGGCCUGUAGAGCGCUGCUGUCCUUCCCACAGUGGGACUGACAACACACUCAUGAAGUCGACCCUACAUGGUUCAGCUGCCCUCUUAAGCUUUAAGGAUGAUUUUCAUUGAAAAAUUGAUAUUUGGUGAAAUCAUCGAGAUUCAAUUUAUUUACCUCCUUUUUUCCUUUUGGGGUCACUUUCAUUCAUUCUUUUCCUUUCAUGUGAAAGUUUCAGGGGAAAAAAAAUCCUGCCAUUUUGCCAAUCCUGUUAAAUGUUUUUGCGUAUUUUUUUUUUUAUAUACCAUUGAUACAAUAGAUGUUAACUUUUAGAGAUUGAAAGUUUCUUUUAUUGGUCAUGCAAAUGGUGUUUUGUCAUACAAGAAAAUAUGCAUUUCUAUAGUUUGAACCAGGUAAAUUAGUUUUCUGACUCAGGGUGAUAUACAUGAUCUAUUUCAAGAGUGUGACAUGGAAAAUAAAAAAUACAUGUAUUUCUCAA